GGAAAGGCAUAAACACAAGCAUCUGAUUGGGCAGCUGUUUCUGCGACGCGUUAGAAGUCCAGGUGAAGAUUCACAAGGCCAUUCCUUCUGACCUCCAUAGACGUCUUUCUAGAUAUCUGCAGCAUGUGUGUGUAGCUGGGGGGGACUGCAAUGUUCGUUUACUACUUUUAUAUCUUAAGUAGUUUGUCAACAGGCUGACUAAAUAGGCCCAGACGGAACAAUGUUUACUGUGACAUUCCACGGGUGGCUGCGCUCGGUAAGACAGGAUCUGGUAACAAAGAGUUCCAAAUUCGUUAAUUAUUGUUAAUGUGAUUACAACUAGAUAAGCACAGACAUCUUAUUUCAAAUGAAGCAAUUAUAAAAUGUUUAACUGGACCCCACAUUAACUUGCUUUAAAGAUUAACUGACAGAAAAGUAAGACAAAGUGUGUCAACAAGGCCACGGACGGACUGGCUAAGGAAUGCGCUGCGUCACCGCUUUCGGCAAGAACAGAGAGAGAGGGAGCGAGAGGCUAAAGGGAGGGUGUCCAGCUGUUAAUUUAUUAUUUUCAGACAGUAGCUUCGCCCGAGUCUCCCAAGUAGUCAGUUGACUCUCACGGGACACCACACCGGAGGCAGGGGCGCGAGAUGAUCCUCAGUGCAACCAAUGAGGCAUGCCAGCCGGUGUGCGGCGCGUGCUCUAUCGCGCGGGAUUAUUUUUAAUCCCGCCGCUUCUGCUUGCUCUUCAAUUCUUGGUCGGGCUCAGUUUGCCGAAAAUCCAACAAGCUAGAAACCUAGGGGAUGAGGACAGGAUCACCUUCUCUGUUAUAAGUAUCGAACCGGUGAGGAGCACGCGCAACCAGGGAGUCAUACUUGUCGGACUGGAGUUGCUAGAAGAAGACGAGGAGGAAAGGGGAGCGCGUGGGUACGAGGAAGAGAAUGAGAUGCCAACGCGCGAGGAUGCAGGCGGAGGGGCUGAGCUACAGCCAUGGUCAGCAGGGAAGCCCUCCUUCAUAGAUGAGGUUGAUCGCAUCGUCACAUACAUUACAACACCUCAGGUGAAUUGUCCUCGGAUGGUGUUCCCAGGAAAGCCCCCAGCUUCACAGGCCUCCAGACAACCAUGGAUUCUGUGUUCAGACAGUAAAGGCCUUCCAAAUGGAAAUCCUGCCUGCGUAGCAUACUCCUUCAGCAUGGAUGGGAAUGAUGCUGAGUUCCUGGAGACUGUGUUAGGAGCUGGAUGUGAGGUUCACCGGUUCGACCCCAGUCUGACCACAUCAGGCAGUUUCCAUAGCGACCCAUUGGAGGGUAACCAAAGUGACAAGGGUGUAAUCCAGCACCACCGGGCGUGGCUUGACUGGCGAAGUCCAAGGGGGCGUAGACAGAAGAAGAGGGGCAUUCUGGGUAGUGGGUCUCGAACACUGGCGGAUAUCAUGAAAGCCCUCGGACAUCAAAUGGUCCACUUUCUGUACGCUGACCUGCUCAGUGCAGAGUGGCGUGUUCUGCAAAACUGGGCGGAGCUCGGAACCCUCCAGAGCAUUCGCAACUUGGUUGUCACGGUGCACAUGCAGUGGGCCGGGUUCGAAGUCGGAGGGACCGACGCGGAGGUGGUCCGCUACUGGUUCAGCGUUCUACAGGAGCUUCACGUGGCAGGAUUCCGUCUGGUGCAUAGUUUUCCCAGGGAGGGAGACACAAUCCUGAAACAUAAAGUAACAAACGCACACAACUCCUACACACUCAGCUGGGUCAACAGGAGACCUCUACACUCUGGGACAUAAACAUAUCAGUGGAGAGUCGGUAGCGGGCGUGGAAUGUCUUGCUUCAUGUGUGAAUAAUCUUGCUUCAUGUCACCCUCUGGUGGAAAAGAGUAUAAUCACACAUUCCCCCUGAUCCCAGGACAAUGUCUUUGCCCCGGUUUUUCCACGCAUUAAUUUCUGUUUCAGAAUAGAAGUGUUGGUUUAGCUUCACUCCUAUCCUUGUCCUGACCAUUUAUUUAACCAUUUCACAACCUAGGUUUCCAAAUAAUUUUAUUCAGGACUAACUUUGCUAAUUUGGCAGCUUUAGGUGAGUCAAAGGUUGAAUUUCAAAACCAUUUCACAAUCCUCCUUUCUUCAGCUGUAAAGCACAACUUGGUAAUCCUACAGAAACACAUGGACGAUUGUUGCAAAGCUACUUUGUCAGUUAAUUUGACUUGAACGUGUAAUUUUGGUUAUAUUAAACCAUAUUGUUGA